AUGGUCAGCAUCAACUCCUAUCCUCCGGACAUUGACCCCGCCCGCGUCGUCCGUGCCAUCGGUGAGCUCGCGCGCUGCAUCGGAUCAGAAGGCCUCGUCGCCGGCCAGGUUGUUGAUCUGGAGAUGACAGGCUCAACUGAGACCGUACCUCUUGACCGCCUUGAGUACACCCAUCUCCACAAGACUGCUGUAUUGAUCGAGUCCUCAGUGGUUAUUGGUGCAAUCAUUGGAGGCGGCUCGGAUGACCAGAUUGAGAGGUUGCCGAAGUAUGCGAGAUCAAUUGGGUUGCUGUUCCAGGUGGUUGAUGACAUACUUGAUGUGACCAAGUCAUCAGAGGAGCUAGGGAAGACAGCAGGGAAGGAUUCGGCGAGUGACAAGACGACAUACCCAAAGUUACUAGGGUUGGAGAAAUCACGGGAGUUUGCAGAAAACUUGCUCCGUGAUGCAAAGGAGCAACUUGCUGAUUUCGAUCAAGACAAGGCAGCACCACUAUUGUCUUUGGCCAAUUAUAUUGCCUAUCGGCAGAAGUAA